AUGAUGAACAAACUGAUCCUCACCUCUUUCCUCGCAUCGGCUGCUGCCUUUGCCCCCGCUCAACCCAACGCCAGGCAGGUUUCUGUCCUUCGUGCAGAUGUUGCCGAGGAAGCUCCAGCUGAGGAGGCUGAGCCUGUUGCCACCUACAAGGCCAGCCCCGCCCUUCCAUUCCUGGAGUACCCUCCCAAUCUUGAGGGAUACGUCGGUGAUGUUGGUUUCGACCCCUUCCGCUUCUCGGACUUCGUCCCCAUGGACUUCCUCCGUGAAGCCGAGCUUAAGCAUGGUCGUAUUUGCAUGAUGGCCGUUGUCGGUUUUGCUGCUGUAGACUGUGGUCUUAGAGUGGUCCCCACCCCAGAGGCAUACGAAGGACUCACCUCUGUCACUGCCCACGAUGCGCUUGUGAAGCAAGGAGCUAUGGCUCAGAUGCUUCUCUGGUUCGGUUUGCUUGAAAUCAUUGAUGGAAUUGCUAUCAUGCAGAUGCUUGGUGGAUCCGGACGUGAACCAGGUGACUUCAACCUUGACCCCCCUGGUUUCUUGCUUGGAAAGUCCAAGGAAGAAGUUGAUGAAAUGAAAUUGAAAGAACUCACCAAUGGACGACUUGCAAUGAUCGCCUUCAGUGGAAUGGUGACACAAGCUGUUUUGACCCAAGGACCUUUCCCAUAUGUUUAA